GCGACGGAGCAGCGAGGGCGCAUGCGCCAUAACGGCCGUCCUUGCCCGUGCCGUUGGGCCGCGGAGCAGCUCGGAGCGGAGCCGGGGGGCCGGCGGCGGGGCCGCGCUGGGCCGGGCCGGGGAGAUGUCUUCAGGUGGGAGACUGCUGGAAGAAAAUGAGAAGCUGCUGACAAGGGUUUUUCUUGGGGGGAAAAAAAGGAAGGUGUGUAUAUCUAUAUGUGCCCGCUCUUUCUUGGGAAAUGUCUGGUGUUUCCAGUUACGCCCUACGAAUGGCCCGUUUGAGUGCUCGGAUAUUUGGAGAAGUGACCAGGCCCACUGACACAAAAUCUAUGAAAGUAGUGAAGUUAUUCAGUGAGCAGCCUUUGGCCAAACGGAAGGAGGUCUACAGCUGGUAUCCUCCUCACAACACCUACUAUGCCCUCAUGAAGAAACUCCGCUACUUUGGCCUUUACAGAGAUGAGCAUCAAGAUUUUAAAGAGGAGAUGAGGCGGUUGAAAAAGCUCCGUGGGAAGGAAAGACCAAAAAAGGGGGAAGGAAAGAGAGCUCUCAAGAAGAAAUAAUAUCACUUCGACAAUGUAAUGAACUGCUCUGGAGAUGCUGGGGAACAGCUGUAAUUCAGGCUUUCUGUUCCCAGCUGGAGAGGGCUUGGCAUGUGAGCUGCAUGUGGGAGCUGGAGAAACACACUGUAAAAUGCUGGAGUCUACCUUGGGCGUGCGCUUAGAUCCAUGUGAUUUUAUUGUUUUGUGAGUUUCAAUAGUUCAGAUAUUCUGUAUAUUGGAACAUGUUGACUUGUCAUGAGAGCCCUCUCUUACCUAAGCAGUAACAACAAUAGCAAAAAAUAAAAGUGCUCAGUUUUUUUAUUGCAUA